CCCAAAAUGCAUUGCGGUUUGAACAUGGCGCCUCACACAACCGCCUGACAUUUGACAGCCGAAACGAAACGCUGCUGGAGGUAAACACUACUGUUCUUCGUGGUUCGUUGAAGCUGGUUCGUACGGGAGGAUGAAAUUGUUGCUGACGGCACUGAAACACACCCGAAAACCAGCUGUUUACAUCUGCCACCGGUUCUGUUCGAGCGCCUGCAGCAGCAGCAGGGGUCCUUCAUCUCUCCAAGAUGAGGUGAUCGUGGGGUCAAGCCCGGAACUGGUGCAGACUGUGGGCUCUCAGGUGGAGGUGAGGCCGGGCUUCAUCACAGAGGAGGAGGAGGCUGCUCUGCUGCAAGAGCUGGAGCCAGGACUGAGGAAGAAACGCUACGAGUUCGACCACUGGGACGAUGCGAUUCAUGGCUACAGAGAGACAGAGCGUCUGAGGUGGGCGCCGGUGUGUGAGAAGAUCCUGAGCCGUGUCCGAUCUGUAGCAUUUCCUCAGGGCGGUCCACUUCUGGGCCCCGUGCACGUUCUGGAUUUGGACAAAGCUGGCUACAUCAAGCCCCACGUUGACAGUGUCAAGUUUUGUGGCAGUACCAUUGCUGGUUUGAGUCUUCUAUCUGACAGCAUCAUGCGUUUGGUGAAGGAGAAUGCGCCCAAUGAAUGGCUGGACCUGUUGCUGACCCGUCGCUCCCUCUACAUACUGAGGGACCAGGCCAGAUAUAACUUCACUCAUGAGAUCCUAAAAGAUGAAGACUCAGUGUUCAAUGGACAAAGGGUUCCUCGUCAGCGCCGGAUAUCCGUUAUCUGUCGUAACCUUUCAGGCUAACACCGUCUCUCUCUCUCUGUUUAAGCAUAAUAUUGACUGAGUUGGUAUGAAACUGAUAGAAAGCCCUUCGAUUGUAUAUAUGUAAUAUCAUGUUUUGGUGUGUUCUUCUGUAUAAUACAGAUAAUACCAAAACAGCUCCACCUGAUGCUAAAUAUAAAUCUUAAUGCAAUAAAAGCACGACUUGUUUCAGUA